AUGAAUAAUGACGCCGUACCCAUCCUCUCGCCUGGUUCAGAGCAGGGCACACUGCGCGCCCGAGAUACGAAGACCGAUCACAUUGACUCCCUCCUGCACACGCUCGAUAGCCUGAUUUUCCUGCAGCUGGGCAUCUUGUAUUUCUGCGACAACCUCACGUUCCUCCUCUUUCUACGCGCCUUUUCGCAGGUCCUCCACGUGCGACAGCCAGAGGCGCUACAAUUACCUCCGGUCGUGUUCGCCAACCUACUGUGUUUCGGAGCUCAUCUUCUACAACAGAGACCCGGGGCCAAGUACAUCCAUGGCGGCUUGUUGAUUGAUUUUGUCGGCGAGUUUGCGCCUUCAAAAUGGAGGAUUUUAUUAUUGGAUCUGGUGUUAUUCGGGCUGCAACUACUCAUGCUGGUGGCUGGGUAUGAAAAAACGACCAUUUCAGGAGGAUCACGGGUGCAGGAAGCACGACCGCCGCAAGACCUAGAAAGUGAAGAGGCUGGUCAACUUCGGGCGAGAGACCAACCAUCCGAAAGCGCGGACGGCAUCGAACUGCAAAGUCUUUUACCCUCUCGAGCGAGCGAAGACCACCUUGUCGCACCUGGCGCGUUGAAAGCGGGCAAUGUCGAAGAGGACGAACUGAUAGUGCUGGACAUACGAAAAGGAGUAAGGGCUCUGCUAAGGCGACCUCCACAGCCUGCUGCGCCCUCAACCAUGGACAGCCCAGCGGCUCGCGCAGGGUUUGCGAAUAUGCUGGCAAGGAUCGCGGCAGCAAGGGCAGCGACCGGUUGA